AUGGCUCUUGAUAGUGUGUGGGCUCCACAGACUGCUGUCAUAGGGGAUGGACCUGACAAAGUGGGUGACCAAGCCUCCCUGCAGACAGCAUCCCUAAAAGAUGGCCCUGCCAAGCGAGCAGUGUGGGUCCGCCACAACAACUCUGAGCCAGAAGGAUCAACCAACACCACAGGGCCCAAAGACAACAAGACGAAGGUGACCACAGCAGUGGUUGUGGACCUGGGUACCGGCUACUGUAAGUGCGGUUUUGCUGGGCUGCCAACGCCUACCCACAAGAUCUCCUCAACAGUGGGCAAGCCCUACAUGGAGACUGCCAAAACAGGAGACAACCGCAAGGAGACGUUUGUGGGCCAGGAGCUUAUCCAGCCGGAGCUUCGUCUCAAGCUUGUAAACCCCCUGCGACAUGGCAUCAUUGUGGACUGGGAUACGGUGCAGGAUAUCUGGGAAUAUCUCUUUCACCAAGAGAUGAAGAUUGCCCCAGAAGAGCAUGCUGUCCUGGUAUCAGACCCUCCCCUGAGCCCACACACCAACAGAGAGAAGUAUGCAGAAAUGCUGUUCGAGACCUUCCACACUCCGGCCAUGCACAUUGCGUACCAGUCCCGCCUGUCCAUGUACUCGUAUGGGAGGACCUCUGGCCUAGUAGUGGAGGUGGGCCAUGGUGUGUCGUACGUGGUCCCCAUCUAUGAGGGUUACCCUUUGCCCAGCAUCACCGGACGGCUGGACUAUGCUGGUGCUGACCUCACCUCCUAUUUGAUGUGCCUUCUGAACAAUGCAGGGAAGCACUUUACUGAGGACAAUAUAGGCAUUGUGGAAGACAUCAAGGAAAAGUGCUGCUUUGUGGCUCUGGACCCCAACGAAGAGAAAAAUGUCCCACUAAUUCAGUACAUUCUGCCGGAUGGCCAGAAGAUCUACCUGGGCCAGGAGAGAUUCCUCUGCUCUGAGAUGUUCUUCAAACCAUCUCUCAUCAAGUCCAUGCAGCUGGGUCUCCACACUCAGACAAUAUCUUGCCUUAACAAGUGUGACGUUGCCCUCAAGCGAGACCUCAUGGGAAACAUCCUGCUCUGCGGGGGCAGCACGAUGCUCAAUGGUUUCCCCAACCGGCUACAGAAGGAGCUGAGCAACAUGUGUCCCAAUGACACUCCGAAGGUCAACGUGUUGCCCGAGAGAGACUCCACCGUGUGGACUGGCGGCUCCAUCCUGGCCUCACUUCAAGGCUUCCAGCCAUUGUGGGUCCACCGUUUUGAGUAUGAGGAACACGGUCCUUUCUUCCUCUACAGGAAGUGCUUCUAA